GUUUGUGUGUAAAUGUAUGAGUGUGUAUGAGUGAAUGUGUGAGUAAAUGUGAGUGUGUAUGGGUGAGUGUGUGUCUGUGUGUGAAUGUGUGUGUGUGUGAGUGAGUGUGAGUGAGAAAUGUGUAAGGCUCAGACAUGGGUCUGUGUUUGGGCUCCGAGGUCACAGAGGAAGGGAAGAAGGCGAAAGUGCACAGCUCGGAGAUAGACCGCGAGCUUUACGAGCACGCGAGAGAGAUGAACGUGGUCAAGGUCCUGCUGCUCGGUGCUGCUGAGAGUGGUAAGAGCACACUGGUUAAACAGAUGAAGAUCAUUCAUAGCAACGGCUUCACCAGACAAGAACUGAGCAGCUUUAAGCCGGCUGUUUUGGACAACCUACUGACGUCGAUGAAGUUUGUGCUGCACGGGAUGGGUGUGCUCCGAAUCAACCUGGCCAACAACAAGAACAAGGUCCAUGCCCACUCGGUUCUAUCGUGUGGGCGGUGCUUCGAUGAAGAGCAGGUGCUUUUUCCAUUCAUAAGCCACGCCCUUUCCUGUUUGUGGGCGGAUCAGGGGGUGCGGUCUGCGGCGUCACGAGGCUACGAGUACGAACUAAACGACUCUGCGCUCUAUUUUUUCGAUAACAUGGCCCGGAUCGUGUCAGCGGACUACGUGCCCACGGAGAUGGACGUGCUGAGGGUCAGAAUCCGCACCACAGGUGUCAUCGAGACUCAGUUUAAAGUAAAACACCUGGUGUUCAGGCUGUAUGAUGUCGGAGGCCAGCGGACGGAGAGGAGGAAGUGGAUCAGCUGUUUUGAGGAUGUCCGGGCCGUGCUGUUUGUUGUCUCUCUGAGCGGAUACGACAUGACCCUGGUGGAGGAUCCUUCCAUGAACCGGCUGCAGGAGAGCCUUAGGCUGUUUUCCUCCAUCUGCAACAAUGUGUUCUUCAGGAGCACCUCUAUGAUUUUGUUCAUGAACAAAAUCGAUCUUUUCCAAGAGAAGAUCUUGCACUCGGGGCGGCACCUCAGACACUACCUGCCCCUCUACAGAGGUGCUGACUGCGAUGUUGAUUCUGCCGCUCGAUUUAUCGCCUCCACGUUCGUCUCUCUGAACACCACGCCCCGGAAGCUGAUCUACCACCACUUCACCACGGCGACAGACACCUCCAACGUGCAGGUGGUGUUCCAGGUGGUAAUGGACACCAUCAUGAAGGAGAACCUGGAGGCUGUUUCACUGCUCUGAGAUGCACACUGUACAGUCUCAAAAAAAUGAGCAUGAGAGUGUGGAAUAUGCCAAAAGAGAGAGAUACUAAGAGACUUAAAGAGAAAGAUUGUGCAAGAGAGUGGUGAUGGAUGGAUGGAUGGAUGGAUGGAUGGAUGGAUGGAUGGAUAAUAGAUAGAUAGAGAAGUGAAUAUAGAGGGUAUGACUGAGGAAGUGAGAGGUUGUGAGAUGAAGCGUGAGAGACAGAGGAAGAGGGGAUUAGCGAGAUAGAGAGAGAGUUGGAAAGUGAGUGAGUGAUACAGUACAUAUUAAAGAACAAAGUGUCGGAUCUGUUGUGCAAUAAGGACAUUUAUGGUUCCAGCGAUUGAUGCGGUCCCGUCAGAAUAACUUCAGAAUUCCUAAUCGGAGGACUUGAUGAAAAACAUGAUGAUGAUGAAGAACAUUCCCUGUUUUGGAAUAAUAGUGAAGACAUUUGUACUGUGCCAUACGGAGUAGUCGUGCGGUGACCUUCUAAUUUAACGAUUUCUUCACACACUUGUUUGAAGACAGAGCUCCAGCCUGGAGGUUUCCUAAAAGGUCCCCCUCCCCACUAACUUCUUAUUUGUUGAAUUUACAAAUCACAAUGUGUUCAAUCAUUUCCUAUAACAGCAGCUGGAAUAGCAUUCUGAUCUGUGGUUCGUUUCUAUAACAACGGCUCAUUUACAUGGAUGUAACUGUUUGUUUUGUUUUUGCGUAAGAUGAUUCACGUUACCAGUGCACGUGCUUUUUAACUGUCCAAGGGACCGAUUGAUCGUGUGCUUGAACUGUUGAAUUGUGUGUGUGUGUGUGUGUGUGUGUGUGUGUGUGUGUGUGUGUGUGUGUGUGUGUGUGUGUGUACAGGGUGUCCUUUGCUGGUGUCAUGAACCGGAGUGUGGUUUUUUCUUCCUCCUGCUAAUAUUUACCAUAAAAAGAGGUCUGAGUUAAUAAUAAACAAGAAGUGAACACACUUCAGAACACACACACACACACACACACACACACACACAGUGUAUGUUUACGAAGUCAUGAAGCAAUGAUUUGUCUAACUGUUACUAUUGUUAUUAGGGGGCCAAGCACCAAAGGUUUGUGGACACCCUCUUUUUUAGUUUUUUGUUUUGUUUUGUUUUGGUUUUUUUUGUUGAACAUCUCAGAGUUACAUUUGUUUUUGUUGAGCGAUGAAGCUGUGAAGCACUUUGUGUUUUUAUGUUUGGGACACAACUUCCUGUGCCUUAUAUGAUUUUUCAUGUAAAUUGUGUACGUUCUGUUUAUAAGGCGUAAACGAUCAAAGCCAAAAUGAUCCAGUAUUUAAGAUUCUUUGAUGAUAAUAUACUGUCAUGAACAUCGUGAUAUAUUUCAUAUAACCGAUAUAAUCGA